CGCACCGGCACCGGCACCGGCGGCGGGGGGCGCCCAGCGCCCGCCCGGGGCCAUGCGCGCCGCGGCGGGGCCGGGGCCGGCGGGGCCGGGGGAGGGCGGCGGCCGCCCGGGGCCAUGAGCGCGGCGGCGGCAGAGGGGGGAGGCGGCGGCGGCGGCCCGGGCCGGCGGCGGGGCGGCGGGGGGAGCCCGUCGGGGCGGCGGGCGGGGGGCGGGCGGCGGCGGCGAGCCCUGCGCUCCCUGGGCAGCCUGGCCGGGCGGCUGCUCCGCACCUGGGCGCGCCUGGCCGGGGGCCGCGGGAGGCGCCGCGCCGCGCCGGAGGACGACGAGGGCGGGUUCCGGGGGGGCGGCCCCGGCGGGGAACGGCGGCGGCGGCGGCCGCGGCCCGGGGGAACGGCGGGGGGCGGCGGGGAGCGGCCGCCGGGCGCGCAGGGGCUGCGGAACCACGGGAACACCUGCUUCAUGAACGCCGUGGUGCAGUGCCUGAGCAACACCGCGCCGCUGGCCGAGUUCCUGGCGCUGGGCCGCUACCGCGCCCGCGGGGCCCGCGCCGAGGUGACCCACCGGCUGGCCGCCCUGGUCCGCGCCCUCUGGACCCGCGACUACACGCCGCAGCUCUCCGCCGAGUUCAAGAACAUCGUCUCCAAGCACAGCUCGCAGUUUCGCGGCAACGCGCAGCACGACGCCCUCGAGUUCCUGCUCUGGCUGCUGGACCGCAUGCACGAGGACCUGGGUGCCGCCUCCCCCGCCCAGCAGACCCGCGUCCCCGAGGAGCCUGGCGAGGACGGCAGUGCCCGUGCCAGCAGCUCCCUGCCAGCCGCCCAGCAUCCCCGCGGGCAGAGCUUCGUGCAGAGCCACUUCCAGGCGCAGUACAGGUCCUCCCUGACGUGCCCUCACUGCCUGAAGCAGAGCAACACCUUCGACCCCUUCCUGUGCAUCUCCCUGCCCAUCCCGCUGCGCCAGACCAGGGCUCUCAACGUCACCCUGGUGCUGCAGUGCGAGCGCCGGCGGUUCGUGCGGGUGGGGCUGGCCGUGCCCCUGCUGGGCACCGUGGCCGAGCUGCGCGACAUGGUGGCGCGGGAGGGACGCAUCCCGCCGGAGCAGGUGAUCCUGGCCGAGGUGUCCCCGCGGGGCUUCCUGCGCUCCCUGGGCGACGCGGAGGAGCUGGGCACGGCGGGGGCGAGGGCCCCGCUCUACGCCUUCCAGCCGCCCCCCGCCCGCCCCGCAGGGUGUCCCCGCAGCCUGCCCGCCUCCCCCGGGGCGGCCCAGCCGGAGGGGCAGCGCCUGCUGCCCGCCGCUGCCCGCUCCUCCGACUGCCUGCACCGCGGGGCGGGCGGCCGCAUCCUGCUGCUGCUCUGCAACACGGCGGGCACCGGCACCCAGCUCGCCAGGUUCGGGCCACCGCUGGUGCUGUGGGAGGAGCGGGGCGUCUCCUGGGAGCAGCUCCAGCAGAGCAUCCUGGCCCAGCUGCGGGCCCUGCUGCGGGCAGAGGUGCGGGCGCAGGGCGCGGGAGCUCUCUUCCGCAUCCGCCUGGCCGGGGGCUCGGCCCCCUGCGCCUACCUGUCCCCGCAGGACCCCCGCCCUCUCUGCCACCCUGCCGUCGACAGAGCCCUGCAGCUGAGCGGGGCAGGUGGCCCUCCCCACGUGAAGCUGACGGUGGAGUGGGACAUGAGCACCAAAGAGCGCCUUUUCGGCAACAUCCAGGAGGAGGUGGUGCAGGACGCAGAGAGCGUGCAGCUGCAGCAGCAAGCGCACCGGCAGCAGCACAGCUGCACUCUGGACGAGUGCUUCCAGCUCUACACCAAGGAGGAGCAGCUGGCCCCGGACGAUGCCUGGCGCUGCCCGCACUGCAAGGUGCCCCAGCAGGGCACGGUGAAGCUGAGCCUCUGGACGCUGCCCGACAUCCUCAUCAUCCACCUCAAGCGCUUUCGGCAGGUGGCUGAGCACCGGCACAAACUCACCACACUGGUGAGGUUCCCCCUGCGGGGUCUCGACAUGGCCCCCCACAUGGCGCAGCGGGGCCAGGCCGGCGGGCAGCUGUUGGGGCGCUGGGCGCCCUGGCAGCCCCCCCUCUGCCUGCCCCCGAGCUGCCCCCGCGACUACCUCUACGACCUGUACGCGGUCUGCAACCACCACGGCACCAUGCAGGGCGGCCACUACACUGCCUAUUGCUGCAACGCCCUGGACGGGCGGUGGUACAGCUAUGACGACAGCAGGGUAGAGGGGGUGCAGGAGGCGGAGGUGAGCACCCGCAGCGCCUACAUCCUCUUCUACCAGCGCCGCAACGCUGUGCCUGCGUGGUCGGCCGGCAGCUCCGUCAGGGGCUCCCCGGCCCGCUCGCUGCCGGAGCACUGGCUGGCCCGCCUGGGCGGCAGCACGCCGGACACCGUGGGGCCCUCCCCGCCCGGCACCCCCGAUGCCACCGCCGCCCCGGAGAAAGGUGGCUUCGAGGCCAGACCCAUGGUGCGGGGCGUGCAGGGCCGCAGCCUCAGCGUGAAGCUGUGUCCCGCCGGUGCCCCCCCCCGGGCCGGGCCGCCCCGCUGGUCCUUCGCCUGCAAGGAGCGGGGCCGGCCGGGGGGCCCGGGGGGGCUGGUGGCCUACCUGGAGUCGGGGCGCCGGCCCCGCUGCACCCGACGCUCCCUCCUCCCGCUCGGCACGGGUGGGGAGAGCGGCCCCGACACCCCCCCGGCCCCCAGCCCCGCGCCGGCCGGGCCCCCCAACCAGCCCGGCAAGGGGCAGCAGGAGCCGGGCACCCCCCGCACCCCCCGCCGGCCCCUCCGCCUGCCCGCGCCGCGCCGGGCUGCCAGCGCCGAGGGGUCCCCGCGCCCGCCCCCCAAAAGUCAGAGCAGCCCGGGGCGGGGCGGGGAGGGGCCGGGCGGGCUCCGCUGCUCGGGGCUGCCGCGGCCGGAGGGGCGGGCGGGUGUCCCCCCGGCACGGCCGUCCCCCGGCACGGCGGCCAUGGCCCGCUCGCAGAGCUCGGCCAGCCUCCCCCCGCGCCCCGACGGGGCCCUGCGGCGCUCGGCCUCGCUGGGCAGGGGCGCGGGGGGGCCCCCCCUGCUCCCCCUGCCCCCCCGGGGUGCCCCCGGGGCCACGCUGCAGCGAGGACGGCAGCCCACGGGCUCGCUGUGCCGCCCGGCCGUGCCUGAGUCCAGCUUCUGAGCCACGGCCGGUGGGCAUCCCCACCCGGGGCAUCCCCACCCCGGGCAUCCCCACCUCGGACAUCCCGGGCCAGGGGCUCCUGAACUGGGGGUGUCUCAACCUGAGGAGUCCCGAACGAGAGGGUCCCAAACAAGGGCACCCCAAAGCAGGGUCAUCCUGAACCAGGAGCAUCCCAGCCCGGGGGCUCCUGAACCAGAGCACCCCCAAACCAGAGGCAUUCAGGUAUCCCAAAGCUGAGGCAUCCCAAACUGGGGGCAUCCCAAACUGGAGCCAUCCCAAACCGGGAGCACCCCAAGCCAGAGGCUCCUAAAUCAGGGCAUCCUGCCCCAGGGACAUUCCAAACCAGGGUCAUCCCGAACGGGUGGCUCUGAACGCAGGGGCAUCCCAAACCAGGGGCAUCGCCCGCUCACCUCCCCAUGCCCCUUCCCAGGGAGCAGGCAGACGGGCAGGCAGACGGGCAGGCAGGCGUGGGCUCCCCGGCUCUGCCAGCUGUAAGACGCGAGAGUAUUUAUUGUACCAGGAGAGUUUUACUGAGACGCUUUUUGUUUUCUAAAAGGCGACUAUUUUGGGGGGCAGGCCGGUCCCCCACACCAAGGUCUAUGCAAUACGCGAUUCCUCCAGCCAGCUUUUGUACGCGGGGGCUGCGGCCCCAUCGCAGGCGGUUUCUA